AUGACAAUGGAAGUCGAUGAGACUCCGAUUGAUGAACACACAGCACGUCAAGCUCGUGUUGCGGCACACAGUCACGUGAAAGGUCUCGGACUAGAUCCAACAACCCGAGAGGCUCUGCCUAAUGCAGGUGGACUUGUCGGACAGACCUUGGCUCGUACCUCAGCUGGUGUCAUUGUUGAUCUAGUGAGGAUGAAAAAUAUGGCUGGUAGAGCAGUGCUGAUCGCAGGACCACCUGGAACGGGUAAAACUGCAAUCGCUUUAGCGAUGGCGCAAGAAUUGGGUGACAAAGUACCCUUCUGUCCUAUCGUGGCAUCUGAUGUGUAUUCCAGCGAAGUGAAAAAGACAGAAGUUCUAAUGGAGAACUUCAGAAGAGCAAUAGGUUUGCGUGUGAAGGAAAAGAAAGAGGUGUACGAAGGUGAAGUGACUGAGCUAACACCGGUUGAAAUGAGUGAACUUUCAGGAAAAACAAUAUCACACCUCAUAAUUUCAUUGAAAACUGCAAAGGGAAGUAAGCAGCUCAAACUUGAUCCCAGCAUCUAUGAUAGUAUUCUUAAACAAAGAAUUGAAGUCGGCGAUGUGAUUUACAUUGAAGCCAAUAGUGGGGCUGUAAAGCGCCUUGGUCGCUGCGAUGUCUAUGGAUCUGAAUUCGAUCUUGAAGCUGAUGAUUUUGUUCCUCUUCCAAAAGGCGAUGUUCACAAAACAAAAGAACUCGUGCAGGACGUCACUCUUCAUGAUUUGGAUAUGGCUAAUGCUAACCCGCAAGGACAGCAAGGCAACCUUGGUCCGCUUUUCAGUCAGUUGUUUAGGCCGAAAAAGACUGAAAUUACAGAUAAGCUUCGUACCGAAAUCAAUAACGUCGUAAAUGAUUACAUAGAUCAGGGUGUAGCAGAAUUAAUGCCAGGAGUGCUGUUUAUCGAUGAAGUGCAUAUGUUGGAUAUUGAAUGUUUCACAUACCUUCAUAGAGCUCUCGAAAGCACUAUUAGCCCAAUUGUUGUUUUCGCGACAAAUAGGGGUAUGAGCAAAGUAAGGGGUUCCGGUGAAAUGUCUCCACAUGGAGUCCCACGCGAUCUUCUGGACCAAACAAACACUGUCGCGAUUGUUAAUGAAAGUAAUUUGAUUUCUUUCAGAUCUGUUGCUCAACUACUAACACCUGCCAGGUUACAAGCACAAGCUAGUGGCCGGGAGACAGUCGAGGUACUUAGAGUUAUUUCGUUCUAG